AUGGCCAAUUUCCUCGCCUCCAUCUUCGGCACCGAGCUCGACAAGGUCAACUGCUCCUUCUACUUCAAAAUCGGCGCCUGUCGCCACGGCGAUCGCUGCUCGCGAAAACACGUCAAGCCCUCGUACAGCCAGACCAUCCUCAUGCCGAACCUGUACCAGAACCCGGCCUACGACCCCAAGAACAGGAUGAACCCUUCGCAGCUGCAGAACCACUUUGACGCCUUUUACGAGGACAUUUGGUGCGAGCUUUGCAAGUACGGCGAGCUGGAGGAACUCGUCGUCUGCGACAACAACAAUGAUCACCUCAUUGGAAACGUAUACGCCCGCUUCAAAUACGAAGACUCCGCCUCCGCCGCAUGCGAACAGCUAAACAGCCGCUGGUACGCCGCGCGCCCCAUCUACUGCGAACUCAGCCCCGUCACCGACUUCCGCGAGGCCUGCUGCCGCCUUAAUUCAGGCGAGGGCUGCGUCCGCGGCGGCUUCUGCAACUUCAUCCAUCGCAAGAACCCCAGCGAUGAGCUCGACCGAGAACUCACGCUCAGCACCAAGAAGUGGCUCAAGGUGCGUGGCCGGGACGAGCGGAGUGUGAGCCGGUCACCCACGCCGGAGCCCACCAGACGGAGGUUUUAA